UAAUUGCGAGCGUUGAUCCUUUGGAGAGACUUGGAUUAAUCCCCGGCUUUUUAAGUUAGCAGUUUUUCGUUUCUGUGUGUUGUUAAAGUAUAAUCUCUGUAGACGAGUAUUUGAAUUUUAGGCUAACUAGAGGAUUCUUUUUUUUUUUUUUUUUUUUUAUUUUACGAUUUCACGAUUUGCUUGACUCUGUGUUUUUUAUUCUUAUUCAUUUUUCUUGUUUAUAAUUUUCUUACAGAAUAAUUUAUUAAUUACGGACUUUAACAAAGAUUACCUUGAAGUUUUUUUUUCACCUUUUUUUCCCUUCUCUGAUUGACAUUGUUUGAUUAAAUUUGAUUAAUUCGAAAUGACCAGUGAUAAAUACUUGGAUGGUGGUUUGAACGCUUUGCAAAGAUGCUAUAAAUCCUUCUUUGACAAGCUUUCGGACAAGAUGGGAAGCGCUGAAAAUGUGUCUGGCACAUACGACGAUGGUGGUAGUCAUAUUUACUUAGUUUGGUCCGUUGCUGUGUAUGCCGAGGCCAUGGCGGAUUCUCUCAAGUUUACCAACAAGUACGAAAAGAAAUUCGAAAACGUGUUUCAAUGUUUGAAGAGAUAUUGGUCUCCAGAGUACAAUGCUUGUUGCGCUAGUUAUUACUUUCAAGGAAACAACGAUGUGUACUUUGACGAUAAUGCUCAAGUAGCCAUUGCUCUUGCUACUGCCGGAUACUACACUUCGAACAGUUCUCGGAAAAAACACUACCUUGAUAGAGCCGAGGCUAUUAUUGCCUUCAUCAUCAAUCAAGGUUGGAAUCAACAAAAGGGCGGUGUCGCUUGGCACGUAAAUUCCGGUAGUCCUCCUCAUGCCAAUCUAAACGCUUGUUCCACUGCCAUGUGUUCUCUCGCUGCUUUGCGACUUGCUUAUGCCGUGGAUGACCCAAAGAAAAAACAACAGCUCGUUACCUUUGCUUGGAAUUGUGUACAGUGGAUUGAAAGCAAUCUGGUUGAUCACACAGGUCUCGUCUGUGAUGGUCUAAGCUUAAACAAUGGCAAAUGGGACCUUGACUCAACCAAGUUUACUUACAACACUGGCGCUACUUUGGCUACUAUGGCUUUACUCCUCGGAUUCAAUGAUAUUAUUAAGGGCCUUCCCAAUAUCGACAAGAUUCAUUCUUACUUGGAAAACAUGGCCUCCGCUGCUCUCAACACAAGUGGAGAAAUGUAUGAUCAAUCCUGUAAGACCAAUUUCAAGGUCUGGAAAGAUAACACCUUUUUCGCCCAACAUCUUUCUGAGGGCUUAAUGGGAUUUUCCUUUGCCAUGCCUAAUUCUUCUCUCGUCAAAUCUGCCCAGCAAAUGGUUUUUGACCAAGCUGACUUUGUUAUGAAUCAUGUCCGUGAUCCAAAGGACGGUCUUUAUUUCCGUGAUUUGAAUAUUUAUAAGAUCAGCCCCGAGUUAACAAAUACCUUUAACAAAAUCUUCCAUGCAGAUCAGCAUUUCCAACCUGACAAGGACGAACGUGUACAGGGAAGUGGUCCUGUUGAAAAACUACCUCUUUGUAAGUCUUUGAUUGGAAGCUCCGGUGCUGCUCGUAUGCUUUUUCCCGCUGCAGAAAUUAUUGCCCGUAAGAACAACCCUCAAAGUGGUCCUAUUUUAGGGGGACGACCUGCGAGCGGUGAGAAAGACAAAGGCUGUUUUAUAUGUUAAUUUCAUGACUUCUCCUUUGCAUCCUUUACCUUCUUAAAUACCAUUUACCUUAAUUAUGAUGAUUUUAUGAACUACAAAUUUAUGACCCAGUGAACCUCGUUUUACUUUCCGUAAAAGUGUAAAAAAUUUCUUAAAAUUAGUGAAUAAAAUAUCAUUAUCU